AUGAAAGCGCAGCAGUCUCAUUUGAUAUUGGUAAGUGAGAAACAUCAACGUCUACUUGAGCCGAAACGUAUUCAAUCUCACACCCAAUUCGCAGAUGUAGUCGGAGCCUCCCAUCCCUUGGCCCUAAUGCCCUUCAAAAACCCCCUGUGGUCAAUUGCCCGCAGCUACUCUACCCGGCCAGCAAGGUCGCGGCUCGGGAAGAAGGCCUUGAGCCUGGAUCAUUUCCUCCAGAGAUCCCGCGUCAUAUCCCUCUACCGCGAAAUCAUCCGCGGCACACGGCGCAUCGCCGACCCAAACACCCGCGCUGAGUCGAGACGGUACGCCCGCGAUGAGUUCGAACGUCACCGAGAUGUGACGGACCUUGGACACAUCCGCUAUCUCAUCUCAACAGGUAAGACGGAGUGGCAGGGCAUGGAACGAUACGUCGACGGAAUGUAA